GCAGAUGUUGGUGCCGCUGCCCGAGAAGAGCUCAGCCGAGUCUCCCCGAGCCCAGCUAUCGGCAUCCGCGAAAAAGCGGGGAGAGAAGGGCACGGGAUCUCCGCUGGAGCGACUCUGGGAUUCAGACACCGCAAGCUGCUUUCGGAAGGGCUUCAGGAGGGGGUGAGUACUGAGCAGCGCACAGAAAAGGGAGCGCUGUCCUUUGCUGAAGGCAUUGUCCUUGGCUUGCAUUGAGUGGCUUUCCCACCCCCCGGGAAAGACAUUUCGGGAAGGUGACGGUCUCAACAGAAGGAGGGAGCGCGGGAAAGAAGCCCGGGGAGCCGGCGCCUUCACGCCCCGCAGUCUGCAGCGGGAGGAGCGCGGGUUCCAUCGCGCCAGAUGGCGCUGUCUGGCUUUUCUCGGGCCUCGGGCGCCAGUCUCCAGAGGUCUCCGGCGCAGCGGCCUCUCUAGCCGGCAGACGCGGGCUCUGUGUUUCCGGGCGGAAGUGAGGCGCCCAGCGGAACGGCCUGUGGUGACAUUUUCUUGGGGGCGGCGCGGACGACUGAAGGGACUUGGUGGUAGAGGCUGCGGAGGCGGCGAGGUUCACUUUGGUCCCGGCAGGGGCUCUGACCGUGACCCACUGCUCGCUGCCGGGGCGUGUUCCGAGGAGGAGAAGGCGGCGGUGGCCGUCGCGUCCUGAGUCACCGCAGCGGGGAAGAGUCCCGGCCGGGGGUUCGGUGCGUGCCCCGACGGGGCGCGCGCGGAGCGAGCGAGAAGGCACGGAGUCGCCGCGGAGCGCAGGUUGCUUUCCUGUUGCAUCUUUGAUAUCAUUUCCUAGACUCUACUCCAUGAUUUAACUUGAAAUUCUGAAAUGAAGAUGGAGGAGGCAGUGGGAAAAGUUGAAGAACUCAUUGAGUCCGAAGCCCCACCAAAAGCAUCUGAGCAAGAGACAGCCAAGGAGGAAGAUGGAUCUGUAGAACUGGAAUCUCAAGUUCAGAAAGAUGGUGUAGCGGAUUCUACAGUUAUUUCUUCAAUGCCCUGCUUGUUGAUGGAACUGAGAAGGGACUCUUCUGAGUCUCAGUUAGCAUCCACAGAGAGUGACAAGCCUACAACUGGCCGAGUUUAUGAGAGUGACUCCUCUAAUCACUGCAUGCUUUCCCCUUCCUCUAGUGGUCACCUGGCUGAUUCAGAUACGUUGUCUUCCGCAGAAGAGAAUGAACCCUCUCAGGCAGAAACGGCGGUAGAAGGAGACCCUUCAGGAGUGUCUGGUGCCACAGUUGGGCGCAAGUCUAGGCGGUCCCGAUCUGAAAGUGAAACUUCCACUAUGGCUGCCAAGAAAAACCGGCAAUCCAGUGAUAAACAGAAUGGCCGAGUCGCCAAGGUUAAAGGUCAUCGGAGCCAAAAGCACAAGGAGAGGAUCAGGCUACUGAGGCAGAAACGGGAGGCUGCUGCAAGGAAGAAAUAUAACCUGCUGCAGGACAGUAGUACCAGUGAUAGUGACCUGACUUGUGACUCAAGCACGAGCUCAUCAGAUGAUGAUGAAGAGGUUUCAGGGAGCAGCAAGACAAUCACUGCAGAGAUACCAGGUCAUUUGGAUCCAGGAUUCCUAGCAAGUGACAAAACAUCUGCUGGCAAUGCACCACUCAAUGAAGAAAUUAACAUUGCGUCUUCAGAUAGUGAAGUAGAGAUUGUGGGAGUUCAGGAACAUGCAAGGUGUGUUCAUCCUCGAGGUGGUGUGAUUCAGAGUGUUUCUUCAUGGAAGCAUGGCUCGGGCACGCAGUAUGUUAGCACCAGGCAAACACAGUCAUGGACUGCUGUGACUCCCCAGCAGACUUGGGCUUCACCAGCAGAAGUUGUUGACCUUACCUUGGAUGAGGAUAGCAGGCGUAAAUACCUACUGUAAUACAAUGUCACUGUGUUUCCUCUGCACUGUUCCCUUCCACUUCCUCAUCCUCUUUGUGACAUGGAAGUUCAUUGUCAUAGCUUCAGCUUCAGAAGCUGUUUGUGGCAUUUGUAGGAUUCAAACUCAUGGAAAAUUCCCUCCUCUUCCCCCUUUUUUUUAAUUAAAAGAAGUCACUUAGGAAAAUAACAUCACAGAGAAAAGAAUUUCUUCUUUCCCUCAGUAGGAAUAUAGAAUGAUGAAUUUUAUUAGACAACUUUAUUUUACUUGGUGACUUUUAAUCUUAGGAAACUCUGCCUUCCUUUUAGAAUAAUAUUUUAAUUGCCAGGCAAAAUGGGUUUCAGUUUUUGAAUCUUGUAUUUAUUUUUCUGUAUAAUGAAAUUAAUAUCUAGACUUGACCACUAUCUGCCCACCCCAUUGGCACUCCCAUCUUAGGGCAUUCGCACACAUAUCAGUCAGGUCCUUAUUGGCACCUAGUAGGGCAUGUGCAUUUAAAAACUUGUCCUUAAAAAUAGAAGACAGAAGUAUUAAAAUUAUAUUUUCUUUUAUUUUAAGUCUUCUGCCUUCUUUCUUGAGUUUGCUCCUGUUGACUUCCCACAGCACAGAUAAUUGACAUGUCCCUUUGUGUUUAUAAAUACUACUAAGGUGACCUAGUUGGUCUCCUUGUUGCAAUAAUUAAUAACUCUUUGCAAAAUGUCUCCUUUGAGACAGAGGCAUUUCAGAUAGAUACCCACCAUGAGGUUUUCUGGGCAUCUGAAGGUAUUAAAGAGUUCAGUGGGAAAAAUCUCUCUCCCUCGCCUUUUUUUCUGGUUUAGUCAAAUAACGGGUGAACAUAGAAACCUGUUGGGAAGAAUAUGAAAAGUUAUGUGGCCUCUGAGGCUACAGGCACUUGCAAAUCUGAGAGGAAAGUGCCAUCUUUCAUAGCUGGUCUCUAUAUAAAGAGUAUGUAGCAACAACUGUUUAACAUCCGAGAUGAAGUGGACCUGAUGCUGUAUUUGGGUAUUUUUCUCCUCUACCUUCUAAAAAAAAAAUACCAUAAGAAGAAUCAGAAUGUACCAUAAGAAAUCAGAUGCAAAGCACGUUAAUGUCAUUGGUAAGUUUUACAGAAUCUAAAAGGAUUAGCAAAGGGUAGUAGGAACUUCAGGGAAUUCAGGAAAUGCCAGCAUUGGAAUUUUGUGGCAUUAGUUACUACCUUCUUUCUUAUAAUAUGUUGUAGUUACUAGUGAAUUCUUUUAAAAGCAAUACCUAGAGUUAGAACACUAUGUACUCUGCACAGGGGGAGUGAAGUAAUAUUGGCUUAGAAGACUUCACCUUUUGUUUUUCAUGAUUUUUGUUUGUUUUGUUUUUGUUUUUGUUUCCAUUGUUACCGUUGCUAUGGCCCUUUGCCUCUCUCUCCAAAUCCCCUGGUGGCUCUUCUUAUCAUAAGAGUAUGAGAAUUACCAUUUUCAGUUUUCAUUCAGCAAACAAAUUUACCAAGUGCCUGCUCUGCAUAAGGCACUGUGAGGGGUGGGUGCUCUGGGGGCUGCUGAGAUGAAUGACACACACCGCACAUACACAUGCAUCAGUGUCUGCCUGCCUCCACCUGCCCAGCCUGUUCUUCUUCUUCUUCAUCUUCAUCUUCUUCUUCUUUUUUUUUUUUUUUUUUUGUAAAGACAAGUUUAUUCCUUUAUGCUUCUUGUUGCAUUAGUUCUCCUGUAUGUUCCUUCUUCCACAGGAGUGUAUUUGUGCAUAUGUUCUUUGAUCUUCUCUGAUAGCAUCUCAUUUGAUCUGGCCUCUGUCCUUCAUCAGCUUUUAUUUUUUUUAUUUUUAUUUUCUGCUUUUGUUAGAUAAGGCUUUUAAGAUCAUGAACCUCCAGCUUUAGCAACUCAUAUAUCAGUCUCUCACAUGGCCACAAUUCUAGACAAAAACCAAAGACCCAGAGGCCAGAGCAAAGUAGGACCUUCUCAAGAUUCACUACUGGUGUAUCCUUGGACCUUCACAUUUUACUUUAGGAUUAAUUUAUUGAAUUUUACUGUUACACAUAGUUUUUGACUUGAAUUAAAAUACUAGACAGAGCAGAAAUGUACAAUUUCUGGUCUGUGUUUUCCAGGAAAAUCAUAGAGAAGAGAAUAGAGUGGAUUAUGUGACUUGAAGUUUUUGCAGCUUAUUUUUUUCCCCCACUGUCAGGGCAGAGGCCCAUUUUAAUGAAUGUUUUUGCAUGACCUGUUCUUAUGUUAACCACAUAUUUUUUUUCCCAAUUCCACACAGCAGGUGAUUUCCCGUGUGACAUAUUUUCUUCAUAGUCCCUAAUAUAGUCAUCCUCUACAGAGUUGGCGUGCUGUGUGCACUGUGGAUUAGGAACAGAGUGGAGCUGUAACCAGUCUCUUCUCUGGCCCUUUGCCUUUAUGUCAGCUUGCACUUUUGCCUCACUUAUUCCUAGUCCAGCUCCCAACUGCCUGACUUAAUGGACCAGAACGGAGAUUUGGAUAUUAAGAUGCAGAGGGGGAGGGGAAGGGAUGGUAGAGAUAGACAGCUCUCCCCUACUAGGUUGGGUCAUUUCCCCUAAUAACUAUAGAGAGACUGUGUUUCAACUCUCUUUUCAUUGCUGUUUCCAGAAGAGUGGAGAGUGUGGUUUCAGGCAAGGUAUUAAUGAUACAAUUCCGUGGUAUACAGCUCCUGUGACAUUUGAAGUUUCUUUUAAAGGGGUUUUUCUUAAUCAAAGUUUUACAUUUGGUAGCAUAAGUAGUUCUUUAUGCUUCACAGGACAUUGUCUUCAGAGUAAUCUCUCUGCUAAAAUGGUACAUGUGGGUCACAGAUUGGUUUAUGCCACUGACUUGGUUAAGUUUCCAUCCCCUCCAAUUUGUGAAAAACAGAGCAGCGACCUAGCUGUUGCAUCAUCAUGACUGCCAUGUAACCUGUAAUUGCUGCUCUCCAGUAAUUGUCUUUUCAUUUUGAUGGUAGGGGCCAGACUGAAUGAAUAAUGCAUUCUUUUUUAUUCAAUUUAUUUCAUUCAGUUUAUUCUUGGCAAUCAAACAUCCCAUAAACUUUGCUUUUAUUAUCAAUUAUGAAUAUGAAUCGUCUGGUUUACUAAUUUAGUCAUUUGUUCAUCUUUACUUUUAGCAGAUUAGCACCAUAACUAACUUAAAACUAAGUUUGUUACCUGCUUUUUAUACUGUCACAAAGGUUUUUGAAAAAGCUGGGGACACUAUUUUGUCUUUUAGUUUUAGACUUUUUUAAGGCAAAGCAAGCUCCCCAAUCCCUGUUCUCCAAUAUGUGUAUGAUGUGACUUCCAUGUAGAUAUAAAAAUGAUUGUGCCCUAACCAAACUUCCUCAGAUUGUGCACUGUUUGUUUAAAAUAAUCACGUAUUUUAGUCUGAUGCUGUUGUAUUUUUUCAUUUUAUUUAAAACACUACUUACUUCUUAUUCUCUUAACAAAUUUUAAAAGGUAGUGAUCUUAAAAAAAAAUCACUGGAUAACUAGGAAAUAUUUUUGUUGUUGUUUUGUUUCUUAAAGAGUACAGAGGCCAUUGAAGCCUUUUGCUCCUCUUACGUGAAAAUGAAAUGUUAGCCAUUGUAUGGCUAGGAACCAAUGCACUUGGCAGUUAAUGGAUCUGCUGUUGCUGGAGUGUGAGCGUGGACUUGAUGCAGUGACGACAAAUCAUUGCUUAGAAUUAAUGUUUUCAAAUGUGCAACUCUAGUUUUUAAAACAAAAUUUGGUUCUUUACAUUCAUUAUUUCGUUUUUGUUUCCCUUUAGUAUUUAAUGGUCUUUGGAGAAAAAAUAAUAAAACAGAGUGUUAUAUAUAUAUUUUUUGGUGCAAGAUAAGAUUUUCUGUUUUUUGAAAUAAGUCUGUAGCAUAAAGGUUAAACUAUUUUAAGACAAAAUAAAAUAGAGUGUAUUUAAACAAUGA